AGGCGACUGCUGGCAACCGACGUGCUCUGGCGACUGGUCUGACUGGCCCGGAGGCUCUUCAAAGAUACGUUGUAUGGUUCUACCAAGGCCACUUCCUCCGUCUGCAGUUUGGGGUGCGAUCAGUGGCCUCGCGUAGCUGCAAAGAUCGCCUGUAAUGGAUGCUUUUGUGGGAACUUAAAUGUCUGCAAUUGGAGAGAUAUCUCGGCUACAAGAAUGGUCAAGAAGACUUUAGAUUGAUAUUGCCUGGAACGAACUUGAGAAAUCGUUCUAUCACAAAUUCUGACACUGUUAGGUUCUUAUCGUCUCUACAUAUCAAGAGAAAUGAUGUUUUAUUUGUAUUACUCGAAAUUAUUCCUUAUGGUCGUGAUGUCACAGAGUAAGAAUUCCUCCUAAAUUAUAAUUAUUCUCUAGGCCAAUUGAAGUUGUACGGUGUCAGCGAUUCUGUUUUACAUCGGCAUAUGUUCUGUUUAUUGAAACUAAAUUCUGCUUUUAAUCUGAUAGUGUUAUUUCAAGAAAAAUGUUAUGUUCUGCCUUAAGAGGCAUUUUGCACUGCCUUAUAGAUUGCUGUGGUGCAAAUGUAAAGCUCCAGAUAUAAAUAAACACUGCCGCCAAACAUUCGAUGGCUCAUAAAAUUUAUUGAAAUAUGAAAAAUUUCAAAUAAUAUUUUUA